GGAGGAGUUAGUUCAUAGUAGAAACCUUCAGUAGAGAUCACUGUGGACAGAACGAGGCUGAGAGAGUGAGAGAGGACUGUGCUGGUUGUCGCACCCUGGGUUUUAAGAUGCUGGUGUCAACUGUGGAGUUUCCUUUGGUUCAGUUUCUGCAUGUUUACUGCAUCUUUAGUGUAAAGUUUGUCCUGUGGAGGAAGAGACUGUCCCAAGCAUCAGUCAAGAUGUUUGUUCUCAUCUGGGCAACUUUGCUUUUAUUUGUGAGAAACAGCAACGCUGAUUCAGGUGUAUCAGUGUGGGGAAGACAAAACUGUGACGGUUCAUACUGUAUCACUCUGAUUGAUGGAGAAAUAAUAGCUGAGGCUGGACUCUGUGUUGUGAUACCGUGCUCUUUCACUGUUCAUUAUGACUUUACACCCCAAAAUUUAAUUUGGUACAAAUGUGAACCAACUAAACAAAGAUGUGGUGAUUCAGACAUAAUAUUCCACACUAACAAGUUCAACAAAAAAGUUCAGCCUAAGUUUAGAGGGCGAGUGUCACUGUUAGAGCCUGAUGUGAGUCUGAAAAACUGCAGCAUCAUCAUCAAUGACCUCAGUGAGGCAGACUCUGGAUCAUAUCAACUCAGAGUCAAUGGUCUCAUGAAUGGAAUCUCAGAUGGAAUUACAUUCUCUUCAAAAGCAACUGUCUCCAUUAAAGGUCUGAGUCAGAAGCCCACAGUGAUGAUUCCACCUCUGACAGCGGGACAGCAGUCCACCCUGACCUGCACGGCUCCUGGUCUCUGCUCUGGAUCUGAUCCUAAAAUCACCUGGAUGUGGAGCGGAGCAGGAGAGGAGGACUCUCACAUUUCAGGAAAUAUCACUGACUUCAAGACUGAGCAUGUGACUGCUGUCACACAGAGACACAGCUCAACUUUGACCUUUAAGUCCUCAGCUGAACACCACAGCACCAAUGUCACCUGUCAGGUCAGCUUCAAAGGAGACGUGACUACAGAAGAGACAGUGACUCUGAGUGUGAACUGUCCAGUGCAACACUGUGGAGUCCUUCUCUGGGCCGUUGCUGGUGUAUCUCUCAGUGUGAACAUUUUCUACACAGUCUGUGUGGUCUUCUUUUGUAAAGCAAGAAAAAAGCUGAAACCAAAUCAAGAGGACAGAACUUACAUGUCACUGCAGAAAAGAGACGGCUCACUGGAAUACAAUUUUCUGCAUGUUUACUGCAUCUUUAGUGUAAAGUUUAUCCUGUGGAGGGAGAGACUGUCCCAAGCAUCAGUCAAGAUGUUUGUUCUCAUCUGGGCGACUCUGCUUUUCUCUGUGACAAACAGCAACGCUGAUUCAGUGAUUGACGACCUUCAGGCUGUUCACCUGAUUCCAUUCAUGGACUGGUCUCCAUUAGGUCUGAGUCAGAAGCCCACAGUGAUGAUUCCACCUCUGACAGCGGGACAGCAGUCCACCCUGACCUGCACGGCUCCUGGUCUCUGCUCUGGAUCUGAUCCUAAAAUCACCUGGAUGUGGAGCAGAGCAGGAGAGAAGGACUCUCACAUUACAGGAAAUAUCACUGACUUCAAGACUGAGCAUGUGACUGCUGUCACACAGAGACACAGCUCAACUUUGACCUUUAACUCCUCAGCUGAACACCACAGCACCAAUGUCACCUGUCAGGUCAGCUUCAGAGGAGACGUGACUACAGAAGAGACAGUGUUUCUGAUUGUGAACUGGUUUUCAAAGAUCUUAAACAACUCUGGAUGUGAGGUUCAGUCCGAGGUCCUGACCUGUGUGUGUAUCAGUGAGGGGUUUCCUUUACCCACCAUCAAAUGGCCGCUGUUGAAGACCCAGGCUGAGUACUCAGUCAUUACCACUGUGUCAAACUACACAGUCAACAGCACCUUCAUCCUAACUGUAAAUGACCACUGUAACAGUUCUGUUGAGUGUGUCAGCAGCAAUGAGAAUGGGGAAGCAAAAGAAAACCUCACCACCCGAACAAACUUGUCUAAACAAGAUGAUCAAUACAAAAAAGUAUUAAAACUUGCUACCCGACUGGAAACCAUUGUUGCCUUUUUGAUUGGUGUACUUCUUUCAACAAUCAUUUGCUGUUUGGCAAACAAAUUCCACAGAAUAAAACAGAAGAGUUCUGGAAAUCUGGAUGAGACUCUGGAGAUGGUGGCCAGUCUAGAGGAUCCACUGAUAUAUGAUGAUCAGACCCAGGACCCAGAGGCACCUGAAGAUGGAACUGUGGCAGCAGAGAAAACAGGCCCCGAAACUGACAGUGGACUAAAAGAUGUGGAGUACGCCAGCAUUGAUUUCUCACUGUUGAAAAGAAAGAGUCCCCGGGUGGCAGCAGAGAAGCAAGAGACCACAGAGACAGAGUAUGCUGAAAUUAAAAAAGAAGUGAAAGAGGAAAGAGAAGAUUAUGGUGGACAGAAAGGUGAAGUGUUGGAGAGCAAAGAGGAGGUCAUUAUAGAGGAGGAUGAGGAGACACAACAUUGUGUCACAGAAGAGGAAGAAGGGGAAGACAUGGCAGUGUACUCAAAUGUCAGGGAUAUAAUGGGUGAGAUGUAAGGAUUGUGUCAUAUUUUGGAGCUGCUGGAGGACAAAGUUACUAAAAGUUGGACUGGAAGUUGGGCAGAAUUUCCUUAUUCAAGUGUUACUGUGCUUUAGUAUGUUGUGACCUUUUAGAUGGGCCAACAGGUGUGUUGUUGGUUUUAAAUGUAAGUCAAUCCACCACCUUGGUUCAAACAAAAAUGUCUCAGCUAUUGAACAUAUUGCCUUUGAACUUUGUCUC